AUAAAGUUGAUAUACCUGUUUAGCUAUACUACAUCGAAACGUAGAUAUAUAAAUUCAACUCUGUUGAGAGAGAGAUUUUCAGUCGGUGCAUUCUACAACGACAUUUCGAUUGUAAUUUGACCAUUUAAGAGAAAUUUCGAAUGUAAUCGGGCGGUCCUUGUUCCAUUAUGUAUUGACUGGUGACAGAUUCACUGCAGCAGCAUCAAAACCAAUUGACAAGCGAAUGAUGCGGAUCGUCUCGAUCAGCUGGGAGUCAUAUGGGAUCAUUAAAUACCGAGGUUUUCUGUAGAAUGCAGAUAAUGUUGAUGAGGAUGAUGAGAAGGAAGGAAGAUUUCCAGACGCUGACACAACAGUGGGCAAUCGUUCUAUCACUGAUUCUUACACUGGAAGGGUAAACAUUUUGACUGGCCAUUUCUCAUUUUCAGCAGUCAAACCUCAUGGACCUCAGAGCUCAGAGAGACAAGAGCAGGGCCAGCUACUUUGGAAAUGUUAAGAACAGAUUGGGAUCAAAGCUGCCGGCUGGUAUUUCUCAGCCUCCAGGCUUCAUUACUGCUCAGUGUUCCAUUGGUGCUCAGGGUGCACUGGGGAAGAGUGCUGGACAGGAAUGUGUCAAAGGACAUCACCAAAUCCGGAACCCCAAACUAAGACAGUACUAUCUAAAGGAGGCGGCAUUUCCAGCUAAAGAUCCAGCAACGAAGGCUUUGGAGUCAUGCAAAAAAAUUCAACAUGGAUUACCCAAGAACAAGGCCCCAACCUCUACAGAGACGGCAAUGGACCUGCAUCCUAGACAAGAGCAAAGACUCAAUCCUGCACUCGGCAGUGGUGUUGUGGGAGCAGCGACCCUUUUGUCCCCUUCCACAGAUGCAGAAUAUGACAAGCUGAUGGAUGUGGAGGCGGUUCCUUUACCUGAUGGAAAUGUAUGUCUAUUGGCUCUCCCAUCUGAAUGCUCUCAGGUGGACGGAGCAGCCGGCAUGUCUUGCCUCAAACUGUUUUCUCGUUACAUCACAGACAGAAAGGGUGUGGUGUCUGGAAUAUUGCUGGUGACGUCCAAUAAGAUCUUCUUCGAUCCUCAAAAGUCUCACCCACUCGUUCAGGAGAAUGGCUGUGAAGAAUAUGUAUUUUCCUGCUCUGUGGAUGAUCUUGCCUCAAUUUCCUUCUACACGGACAUCUCUCACAUUCACUUUAACAAGACAACAUACAGAUUUAGCAGGUGUAAGCCAUCAAAAACUAAAAAAGAGCACAAGAAAACCCAUCAGGCAGCAUUAGAGGCCGCUCCUGCUCCUCCCAAGUGCCCUGUUUCACAUAAUACGACAACAAUUUCGGCUGUAAAUCCUGAGAAAGAGGAUGAGGAAGGUGGAGAGUCAAGGGACAUGGCCAAAGCUGAGAGACAGGUGACUUUGGAGUCUGGUGGAAUGCUAACAGCGGCUGCUACUUUCUGUUGUGGAGGACCAGACAGCGCUGAGAGAGGAAACAAAGCAUAUGAACACACAGACAGAACAGAACAGCAAUCAUAUUUGGAAAGACAACUGUUGGGUACUUGUGGUGCUACAUCCAGUAGUGGUAUAAAUGGAUCUCUGAUGUUUGUGAGAAUUCGACACAAACUUCAGUAUGUGAAAAAAAAGGUUUUCUCAAAACCUAAAAUCCCCUCCAGAGACGCCUGGUUCACCCUGCAUCAGGAAAGAUCAGAUGAGCUUUACGCUUACCUCAGCCAGCAUCGGCAAGAUCUGUGCAUUCUGGAGGGAGGUGAAGAGGAUGAAGCAGAACGUGAUGAAGAGGAUUUUGUGCUUCUGGAUGAGGAGGAGCAGGAGGAAGAGGAGGGGUCUCCACGCGAAGGCCAGGCCGGGGAGGACUGGGAGAUGGUGUCAGUGGAGGAGAGUGGGCCGAAAGUUUCUGUCUCUACUGAACCAGAUGGUUUGAGUCAUAUUCUGAACCAGAGUGUUAUUCUGGAUGCCCGACAAGUUAGAGAGAUCGCAAAAGAGCUGCCGCCUCGUACAAUCGGACACACGUGGCAACUUUCCUACAGCACAGACAAACACGGGGCCAGUCUCAAGACUCUUUACAGGAAACUCAGCACCACUGACUCACCUGUGCUGAUUCUCAUCAAGGAUCACAACCAGCAGGUUUUUGGAAGCUUCCUCUCACAUCCGCUGCAUCCUAGUGAUGCAUUUUAUGGCACUGGAGAGACCUUCCUGUUCCUGUCUCAUCCACGCUUUAAGUGUUUCCAUUGGACUGGGGAAAACUCUUUUUUUAUCAAAGGAGAUUUGGACUCUUUUGCCAUUGGAGGAGGAAGUGGUCACUUUGGUUUGUGGGUGGACGAGAGGUUGUUCUUUGGCAGAAGCAGCCCCUGUUUCACCUUUAAUAACUGCAGUUUGUCUGAGACCAACGACUUCACGAUCCUGGAGUUGGAAGCCUGGACAUUCGGCUGACACAACUAGCAUUGUAAAUAAUCCAAAACAUAAUGAUUUAGUGGAAAUAUGGCCAUUAACAGAGAAACUAAUUCUCCACAGUUUACUGACACCUGCAAAUCAAAGGAAAGAGAGGAUUCGAACUGUGAAUGCUGAAUAUUCUGCCUGAAGGGAAUGAAAGCUCACCUAACACUUUAACACCAUGAUGAAGAAAACCUGUUUAGUCUUAUGAUUAAGAGUCCAGUUCAUUAUUUGAAUAUGUGCACUUCAUCGUACAAGAUCAUUUUUGUGUUCAGGAGAAUUCUACGACAGAAUGAAGGACUGUCUACCCAAAUAACAUGAUCUAAACAUUGUGUUUGUUCUAGUGGGGUUGAUCGCAGAUCCUGCAUCAUUACUGCAGCUCUGGUUACAGCUUGAAUAUUAUUAUGAUGAGGAACUUUUUUUUAUGUGUUAAUUUAGGACUCAACACAAAUACGCAACGCUAUGACUUCACAACAGCACUAAAUAAAGCCUCGUCUGCUGUUAGUAAGCACAGCAUUGGCUAUAAACACUGGUAUAGGCAUUAGCUUAAACCCACAGUUGUACUUUUUUACACAUGGAGAAGGUUUCUCAUUGCUCGAGCCAAAACAAAACCAAGAUGACUUUGACUGGGUGGGUGGAAUUCCACACAAACCUUAGAGUUACAUGUUUCAAGUCUCGAGAGGCUUUUGGUGUCAAGGUCUUAAGUACCCGUGUGGAUAGAUUCCUAGCCUGUAGGAAAAUCUUCUUUCUGUAGUUAACUUUUGCAAUGGUAAUUACAUCCAUACCAUAAGUUAUCUGUACAAAAAGUUCUUCUAAAAAUUAAAAAAAUUAUAGUCUUACAAAACCAAUGCAAUAUAAUACAUGUGAAAACACAAUAUUGAAGUGUUCAUUGACUUGUGACCUAAUAAAAAAAUUAGA